AAUCGGUGGCCAGGCAAAAUGUAUCGGGAGGCUGUUUUAGUGUUCGCCCUUAUUGGGACAGCUAUAGGGUCCAUUUUGGACGGUGAUUUGGACUUAGCUGAUGGUGUUCGUUUAGUCAGUAUUCCUGUGUCGAAUAACCUAGAAGAUGAGGGCAGAUCGUUCGGUGGGAACGCCAUUUUGUUCAGGAUGGCCAAGUUCUUGCAAGGACAUGAGUUGCACGUGAAACUGCCUAAAUUGAUCGAGAAGGAGAAACUGACUGAGUUCUUCGCGGAUUCGCUGAAAACUGUGGAUGAGACAUACAAGGAGAACAAAGCGACUGGAAGAGGCAAGGGUGGUGGCGGUGGUGGUGCGGCUCUCCUUGGACUAAUGUUCGCGAAAGCCUUGGGAGCUGCCGGUAUUGGAGGCUUGGGUCUUCUAACUAUGAAGGCUCUAGCCGUAUCAGCGAUGGCUCUCCUCCUCUCAGCUGUCGUCGGAGUCAAGAAGCUAACCUCCCACGAUGACCACGACGACCACCAGGUCAUAUACGCUGGUCACCACGGUCACCACAGGCGGCGUCGUGACCUCGUCACUCCAUUACCUUACCGAGGAUGGGAGCAGUACGUUCCUAGGAGCUGAAGGAAUCAGUAGUAGGAUUUCGCACUGGUGGUCUUAGUUUUUGAAAAUACAGGGUGAGCUGAUCAAAUUUUACAGUCUGUUUGAAAUUUUGAUCAGCAGGCCUACUCCGAAAUGUAGGUUAUGUAGUUUUAGUAUCUGUCACUGUCACUCACACUGGCAUCUAGCUAAUUAUGUGAAAGGGAUGAAGAAUUUGAAACUACGGAUAACGUUUUUGGGAAUAGGUCAUAAUCUUUGUAAGGGUUGACAAGUUAAUUAUUAUUAUGUACUUGUCAUAGUACAAUCAAAAACUAUAACCACAGUAUACGAAGUUCUGUCUAUUGUUUCUG